AAGUAAUGUCAUUUUCAGAUUUAAGGCCCCAUAUGCUGCAUUAUUCCCGCAAGAAUUAUGGCAUCAGAUUCGACGCGAGCAUUGAAGGUGUUACCCAACUCAGGCACACCGUUGAUCACAAAUUGAUUCACAUUUUUUCGUAUGUCUGCAGGUUUUGCCAGUACCAUUAGUUCAUACAUCUCGAUAGGAAGGUAGACGGUCACUGAAUGCCUUAACUACAUUUUCGUUUAUUUGUUCAGAUAUCCACUUCCAGGCAGUCGUCACAAAUCCAAAGGCAAGUUUUGAUUUUACCCAUCCACGAUGCUUCGUCAGCUGAUAGAGAAACACACGCUCCAUGAAACCAAUUUCCACAUUUCUCAUACCCAAUAGCUGUAGUAUCAUCGUGUUUCACUUUACUUUUGCAGUGGUCACAUUUGCAAGCAGACGUUGAUCCGAUGCAGUUGCGUUCUGAUGACAUUCCGUAUAUGAAAAACUAUUUAAAAACCCUUGAAGGGAGCUAUAGAGGAAGAUCGAGCUAACUGUCAAUAAAAGUUGAUGAGACUCGAAACACUCAGCUGAUAUCUAAACAUCUAGCACGUCCAAAUAAAUCUAAAAAACUUCAUAUCAUUGAUCAAGACUGUUUUCGUCCAAAAAGUCUGAGAAUCCGACAUCCCUCUCGCCUCUCUCUCCCCCCUCUCUCUCUCAGUCGUUGAUUUAUACAGAGUGGAUAUGCUAGUAUAUUUCAGUUUUUGAUGAUGACAGAUGUAUAAAGCUUUUUACCGUUCUCCGCAAUUAUUUAUCUCCCGAAGAAUCCAGAUUCGGUGCUGCAUGACGGACUCGAAGACAGUAAAGACUGAGAGUUCGAAAGUAGGAGAGCUACCCAGGAACACUUUUUCUUGUCUCGAUCUGGAUAGACUGAGGGGCCUCCAAGAUGAGUUUGUAAAAGAGAGAGAUUGGACAAAGUACCACACUCCCAGGAAUAUCUUGUGUGCGCUUGUGGGUGAGGUUGGUGAGCUAGCUGAGAUAUUCCAGUGGAAAGGAGAGGUGUCAAUCGGGGCAGAGGAGUUGUCGGACAAAGAGCGUCAAAAUUUGA